AUGCCACCCGGCGCGCCUGCGCUCCACAGAGGGUUGGCCCGACCUUCAGCUCUAGCCUCGCACCUGUCGAGACUCUCAUGCCGCCGCCGCCUAUUUCAGACCAACGCACCUGCUUCUCGUUCGACCAAAUCGCUUGCCGCUGGCCCUAUCGCCAAUAUCGACCAUGUUCGUCAAGAGUUAGAGAAUGCCCAUAAGGGCAGCCGAAAUCUGCCCUCAAGAAGUGCCUUCCUACCUGGACCCUCACACACUGAGCGGAAGAACUUUCUUGCCCGCUUGACCUCAUGGAUGCCCUUAUUCCAUCGGUUGCAGACUAGCCCAGAUGCCUUUUCCACCUUGCGUUACGAGGCCGAUGUGUGCAAUCGACUACCCCCGCCUUCUUCUGGAGAGACUCGCUUGGUCGAUCAACCCCAAUAUCUGCAAAACGUCAAUCUCUGGCUUGAAUUGCUUCGCUUUCGCCUACGCUUGGACGGUCAGCAGGGCGCUGUAGACGUUGUCCAAGCAAUUGUCCAGCGUCAAGUCAUCUUGCCUACACGUGGUCCUCUGGCCGACCAACUCUGGUCAACUCUCCUCUGGUCCGCCGUCCAGUACCCGAAGAUGCUUAAUCAUCUCUAUCCCUACCUCGUCGAAAGCCUUCCUCGCUCAGCCCUACUCGAUAUCGGUCUAUACACUCGUCUUGUGGGCCCUCUGUUGCGUCAUAAUCCCAUGUUUGCUGCAACCUGGCACAAGCGCCUGCAAGCCGAUGGUUUAAUCCCACUCGCAUUUGUCUCUGUUUUGGCCCAGUUUAUCACAGACGUCUGCAGCAGUAACCACAAGUCGAGGGCUGUUGAAGCGUUCAAGAAAAUUUAUACUUCAGCUAAAGUUGAACAUGCAUACGAUGAGUGCAUGCUACCCCUCUGUCGCUUGUUUGAUUUCUCUGAUGCCUUGGACAUGCACGCCUUUUUCAUACGGCACGACGAUCAUCCUUCGCCUUCCAUGCAAUCCAUGCCUGUGAUAGCGCACUUGACCGAGCAUAGUUGGCUUGCUAAGUCGAAUAUGAAACAGUCUGUCAGAUCUCGCUUCACCACUCAGAUCUUGGAGGCCCAGUACGGCUUCAAUCAUCUGAAGCCUGCUGAGCUCGACGUGCCACGCGCUGAAGCUACCAUGCUUUCCCUCACUCGUGAGAGUAUGAGCAAUAUAGUUGGUGAUGUUCAUAACAUCAGGGAGAAAGAACUGAACGAUGCUUUCUGCGCUCGUCUCUUUGCCACAACAGCAUUCUCCAUUGAUCUGAUAAUUACCGGUCUGCGCAUGCUUGGACUAAAAGCAGUGGGUAAUCUGGCUCUCAGAGAGAUAGCUGCACGCGCUCCUAGUCCGGCCGAAUAUAUGAUCACCAUCGACGCUGUCAAAAGUGCAGGCAUAUCUGUGGUCGAUUCGGUCUUCAGUCGUGCACUGCGAUCCUUUGCCAGUCGAUCGGACAAAUACCAGAGCUUCGAGUUUCUGAUCACAAGCGACCAGCAUCCCACAGCAUACGAAGAUCGUAUCCUGCAGAAGCAACUCUUCGCUUCCUUCUUAGCCUCCGGCGAUCACAGUCAGGCAAAUGCUGUUCUAGACAUACUUACGAUACAUCAACCUCAGCCUGAACAUUACCACGCAAACUUGAUUCUUCAGACGUACGCCAGUAGCGGACAGCGAGCAUCGACGAUGCAGAUCUUGCAUGAGAUGCGUCUGCAUCGGAUUCCAGUGUCAGAUGCAUCUUUGCGAAUCCUCCAGUGGACGUCACUAAGGCCUCGGCUUCGGUCCAAGAGACCCAUCUCGCAACGUCAUGACGAGUUCAAAGACGACUUAGACUUCACAACCAACGUGUUUUUGGAGACUAUGCGCACCGGCCAACCCUUCGACCCCACACGAUGGCAUGAGAUACUGAGGCGAUACGGAAUGGAGAACAGAUUGGAGCCUCUCGAGAGAUUGUCUAUGUGGUUGGCUCUAUGGUAUUCUGGUCGUAUCGAUACUGUUGACCAGGCUUUGGGUGAAAGUCUGCCCCAAGGUCAAGGCCCUGCUAAGGCACAUGCAACGACACCGAGCAAAGAUAACCAGCAUCCUCUGGCCGCCAUAUUCACACCACAUCUUCUGCGCGCUAUUGUCGCUUGGGGAUUCAAGAGCGAGGCGUCAUCAACAGAGUCCGCUACAUCUAUCAAGCUUGGCUCUUCGGCAGACUCAGACAACGGUAGCCAAAAUUUGGAGUCGGAACUGAGUCAAUUACCAAAAGACUGGACCAGAGGUCUGGCACUUGUUCACAAUCUUGACCGUCUUGGGGUCAAUAUUCGAGGCAAGGAUUUGCGCAGAGAAGUCAAGCUUCGACUUUGGAUUCUCUACGGACCAGGAAAAUCAACAUUCAUUUUCUUCCAGCGUCUUCACUGCGACAGUUCUUUCAUCGACUCGACCACUUCCCAUCACAGCUUCACUUUCAUUAUCCCUCGACUCCUCGACUGUGCGCUUUCUGUCAAUCUUGUGAACAUGCCUCCUUCCAGCACCUCACGCAAACGCACCCAUUACAGCUACCUUCAAUCACCAAUGAUCACUGUCUGCGUCGGCCCAGAGAAGAAGGAAUUCGGCGUUCACAAGGCAUUGAUAUGCAAAAGAUCGACUUUCUUCGACAAAGCACUCAAUGGACGUUCUGCUGAGGCGAAUACACGCAUCGUCCGCCUGGAGCAAGUACCAGUCCCUCUCUUCUCGAUCUUCGUCUCCUGGCUGUACUAUGGAGAAUUACCUAUGAUGCUUCUCCUGACAGCGACAGAGACAUCUGGGAUGACUUUGAUCAACUCCUGUGUCAGGGAUGGUGACAAAAAUACAGAACACGAAGGACAGCAAGAGCAAGACCAAAUCUCGGUAGACACUGCUACCGUUACUGCUGGAGGCUAUCCUGCAGUCGGCCGAGAAGAUGCCCCAGGUAACGAGCCUAAGCAGCAGGGUCUCAAGCACAAGAACAUCAAGCAAAAGUCCUCUAAGCACAAGAUUCCCAAGCGAAUCCACAGCCUCUAUGAGAAGUCCAAGCACCCUCUGUCAGCCGAUAAUACAAAGACAUGGCCCGUAGACAUCAUAGCUAAGCUGUACAUGCUUGGAGACUUCUUGGAUGCGAAGCGUUUCAAGAUAGAUGUUCUGGACGCCGUAUUGUACGGCGGCGAUUCCCUUGAUGAUGAUGAGCCACCAUACUGGAAUCUGCCAUCCAUACCAUCAAGACCCCUCAUCCGACUUGUCUACAAAAACACCCCUUCACAAUCUCCGCUCCGAGAUCUUAUCACCAACCAGAUGGUAUAUGGAUACGUGUGGAUAGAACGCAGCCAUCUUUAUGAAGAUCUUCCUUCGGAAUUUCUUGCAGCAGUUAUGGUUGGCUUGGGCCAUCAACUGUCAGAUGUUCUGGACCCUUCUGGCCAUCGAAGGGAAUUGUUCGACGAGGAAUUGUUCGACGAACAAUGA